AUUAUAGUGUAGUUGUUACUUAAUAGUUUAAUACUUAUUAAUUAUUAUUUGUUGUUUGUUACUAGUUACUGUUGGUAAUUUGGUACUUAGAUUUUGAAAGUUAUUAUUGCUGCAAACAGAUCAAAUUGAUAGAAUAAAUAAGAAUCUUAGAGUUAUAUUAACACGCGUCAAUCGAAUUAUAAUGAAUGUCCCUAAUGAUUUAUCAGAAACGACCACAAACGAGAGCCUCAAGAUGUCUAAUCCUGCCUGGGCUGAUGCUAUGAGCAAAAUCUUAAAAACAAAAAAACAAAAAGGAAAACCAUUAGUAUUGUCCAAAGCAAAGAUCAUUUCAGCAACUGAUCUUAUUAAAAUAAAACAAGAAAAAGAAGAUGUAGAUGACACAUUUGAAGUUGUAGAUAAAGGUGGUCAGAAAGUUGCCACACCAGUUAAUAUUGAAGAAAUUAAAGAUGAAAAACCAGACUUAGAACAUUUAGAACCAAAAAUACCAAAUCGAAUUCGAAUAAGAGAACAAGUAUUAAUGGGAAGACAAAAACCUUCAGUUAGUGAUAGAAUUAAAGAAAAAAAUUUAUCAAAAAUUGCUACAAAGGGUGUUGUGCAAUUAUUCAAUUUAGUUAAGCAGCAACAAAGAACUGUAGAGAAAAAAUUGAAAAAUGUAGGACCAUCAAUUUUAAAACAAGAUAAGGUGUUGGAAUCUCUAGAUAAAAAAUCAUUUAUUGAUUCUAUCGAUCAUAGAAAAGAGAAUGAUGAAAAUGGUUGGGAUGUUCUUCGAGAUGAUUUUAUGGGUGGAACUAAAAUUAAAGAUUGGGAUAAACAGAUUGAAAAUGAUAGUGAAGAUGAUGGAAUUAAUGUUUAAAUUAAAGUUAUAGUUAAUAUUAUUUUAAGUACUAUAUAAAAUUAAUGUUACUAUUACCUAGUUGAUGAAUGUUUGUAAAUAUAUUUUUAAUCAUUUAAUUGUUUAAAUUAAAUAAAACAGAUCAGAUAUAGACCUAAAUCAGAUAAUUUUCAU